GUACCACCAAUUGCGACGUGUAAGCACUUGCAACGCGUUGAACGACCUGCAGGCAAUGGCGCCAAUCUUGAGCUCGAGCUAGGUCCUUUGUAAACAUACAGCUUCCUCGAUUUUUCAAUCACUUCCUCGACAGUCUCUUCGGCAGGACCAUUGACUGCCAACGACUUGAGCGGGGUUGAUCUCACAGCAGCACUCUGCUUCAUCUAUGCCCAUCAUGGCUUCAGCAGCGGCUACGAACGACGCGAAGCCCACUCGCGAGAGAAAGCCAUCCUCAUCGGCGCCGAUCACGGACUUCCAGGGACCUGUUGGGCCGUCUGGCAUUUCGAGGCCAAAGCACAAGCGAACCGUCACUGGCUUUGGUCCUCAAGAGAUCAAGAGCGUGGAGGCGAGCAUCCCAGAGCCACAGCGAGAGGCAUGGAGAAAAUACUCCGCGUCCGAGUUCAAGUCCAAGGACGAAUUUGACAGAGAUGUUGUGCGACAUAUCGAGACUACUCUCGCCAGAUCGCUCUUCAACUGCGAUGAGGCUGCAGCAUACUCGGGCACUGCCCUAGCUUUCCGAGAUCGUUUGAUCAUCGAGUGGAACAGGACACAGCAAAACCAGACCUACGCUGAUCCAAAGCGUGUCUACUAUCUCUCAUUGGAGUUCUUGAUGGGACGAGCCCUUGACAAUGCCAUGCUCAACACUGGCAUGAAAGAUGUCGCUAGAGAGGGUCUGCACGACUUGGGAUUCCGCAUGGAGGACAUCAUCUCCCAAGAACGUGAUGCAGCUCUGGGCAACGGCGGUCUCGGCCGUCUCGCUGCCUGCUUCCUCGAUUCCCUCGCCACUCUCAACUACCCCGCCUGGGGCUACGCCCUGCGCUACCGAUACGGUAUCUUCAAGCAAGAGAUCAUUGACGGAUACCAAGUCGAGAUUCCAGACUACUGGCUCGACUUCAAUCCUUGGGAAUUCCCAAGACACGAUGUCACUGUGGACAUUCAAUUCUACGGAAAUGUGAGAAAGUACACAGACGAGAAUGGCAAGCAAAUUAGCGUGUGGGAGAAUGGCGAGAUCGUCACUGCUGUUGCAUACGAUGCUCCGGUCCCUGGAUACAACACAUCGACAACAAACAACCUUCGUCUGUGGUCUAGCAAGGCUUCGGGAGGCGAGUUCGAUUUCACCAAGUUCAACUCUGGAGAAUAUGAAGCAUCCGUCGCGGAUCAGCAGCGCGCUGAGACCAUCUCCGCCGUGUUGUACCCUAACGACAGCCUGGAGCGUGGUAAAGAGCUUCGUCUGAAGCAGCAAUACUUCUGGUGUGCUGCAUCGCUCUUUGACAUUGUCCGUCGAUUCAAAAAGUCCAAGAAGGCCUGGAAGGAGUUCCCCAACCAAGUCGCGAUUCAGCUCAACGACACCCACCCGACCCUCGCCAUUCCUGAACUCCAACGUAUCUUGAUUGACCAAGAAGGCCUCGACUGGGACGACGCAUGGAGCAUUGUGCAGAAGACCUUUGGCUACACUAACCACACCGUGCUUCCAGAAGCCCUCGAGAAGUGGUCCGUACCACUCCUCCAGCACUUGCUCCCACGUCAUCUCCAAAUCAUCUACGACAUCAACCUCCAAUUCCUGCAGUACGUAGAAAGGAACUUUCCAAAGGACCGAGACAUGCUUGGACGUGUCUCGAUUAUCGAGGAAUCGCAGCCAAAGAUGGUUCGCAUGGCCUACCUCGCAGUUAUUGGCUCGCACAAGGUCAACGGUGUCGCUGAGCUGCACUCCGAUCUCAUCAAGACCACUAUCUUCAAGGACUUCGUGAAGAUUUACGGCCCAGACAAGUUUACUAAUGUCACCAACGGAAUUACUCCACGCAGAUGGCUUCACCAAGCCAACCCACGCUUGUCUGAGCUGAUCGCCAGUAAGCUUGGAGGCCACGAUUUCCUCAGCGACCUUACUCUCCUCAACAAGCUUGAGGCUUAUACUGAUGACAAGGACUUCCGCAAGGAGUUCCAAGAGAUCAAGUACGCGAACAAGGUCCGCUUGGCCAAGUACAUCAAAGAGACGAAUGGCAUCACAGUCAACCCAGCAAGCUUGUUUGAUAUCCAAGUGAAGCGUAUGCACGAGUACAAGAGACAGCAGCUGAACAUCUUUGGUGUGAUUCACCGCUAUCUGGAGCUCAAGGAGAUGUCGCCUGAGGAUCGCAAGAAGGUACAGCCUCGUGUCAGCAUCUUCGGCGGCAAAGCUGCACCAGGAUACUGGAUGGCAAAGACUGUCAUUCAUUUGAUCAAUCAAGUCAGCCAAGUCGUGAACAACGACAAGGAUAUUGGAGAUCUGCUCAAGGUUGUUUUCUUGGAAGACUACAACGUUUCCAAGGCGGAGAUCAUUGUGCCAGCCAGCGACAUUUCAGAGCACAUUUCGACUGCUGGAACUGAAGCUUCGGGUACUUCCAACAUGAAGUUCGUCCUCAACGGUGGCCUUAUCAUUGGCACUUGCGAUGGCGCCAACAUCGAAAUCACCCGUGAGAUUGGUGAAGACAACAUCUUCCUGUUUGGCAACCUUGCGGAAGAUGUCGAAGACCUGCGUCACUCUCACUUCUACUCCGAAUUCCACCUUGACCCUAUGCUGGAGCGCGUUUUCAAGACCAUCAAGGAGGGUCGCUUCGGUGACGCUGGUCAAUUCUCGGCUCUCGUCAACUCGAUCGUCGAUCACGGCGACUACUACCUCGUGUCCGAUGACUUCAAGAGCUACGUUGACACUCAAAAUCUCAUCGAUGAGGCGUACAAGAACCAAGAAGAGUGGCUGACCAAGACGAUCACUUCUGUUGCCAGAAUGGGUUUCUUCUCCAGCGACCGCUGCAUUGACGAAUAUGCUGAGAUGAUCUGGAACGUCGAGCCUCUGCCACCGAAAGCCAAUGGCGCUUAGGACCGCUACAGAGCCCUAAAAAGACUCGAACGGAAGUUCGAUAAACUGAAUGCGCUCCGAACAGAAGCAAAGGCUGCAGGUGUCGGACGUGGGGACCGGCUGAGCGACCUCAACACAAAAAGUAAAGGAAAGACCAAGUACAGGCGGGCAGGACAAUCCAUCAUGCAUUUGUAAUGACGCAAUGACCUUUUUCAUCUUUGAUACCAACUCUCGUUGACUGUGAUGAAUGUCGCUCGAAAU